AUGACCUCAUAUUUACGAAAGUAUGUAACUGCACUUGCAUCAGCAAAAGAUUAUAUAGCUCAAUGGUCGUCUGAUCAUGUUUAUGCUGAUGACGAACUCAUUGUACCAUUUCCAACAUUAGCUAUAUUUGAUCCCAAUAAACAUAUUUGGUCAGUACAUAUUAAAGCUUGGAUAUAUUUACCAUUACAAACAAAAUUAUUAACAAGUUAUCUUCCAUCACUACCAAGUUUUUUAACUGGUAGUAAAACUAAUAAAACAAAGAAUAAAGAAAACAUCGAAGAAUCUAUUAAUAUCAAUGAUGAAAAUAAAACAAAAAGAACAGUUUUUAAUGAAGAAGAUGACAAUAAAAUAGCUAAAGAGUCUCAAUCCACAACUGAUGUUAAAGUUGAUAAAGAUAAAAAGGAUGCAGCGGCUGCUGCUAAUGCAGAAAAUGAUCAAGCAAAGGACAAAGAUGGAUCCAGUGAUGAAGGAAUCGAUCCAGAUGAUGAUUUGUAUGAAGAAGCUUUGCAAGAAGAAUUAGGUCAACCAGAUGAAAAUCCUGGUCGAUUGGGUUUGUUUUUUGCCGGAAAUUCUGUUAAAAUAAUAACAAAAUCAAUUAUAAAUGGUGUUGAACAUUUACUUCAACCAUCAGAUGAAAGUGGUUUCAUUGAAGAACGUCUUGAGCUUUCAGAUGACGAAAUUCAAUCACUUUCUACAACAACUCAUUCGGAUUGUCAAGAUAGAAAAUUUGAAUAUCAAAUGAAAAUUGAUGAAACACAAAAGACAGAUAAAAAAAUCGAUAAAGAUGAUAAUUAUAAAAUAUUUCAAUGUACAAUUUAUGUUCUUGCUCCUAAUGGCAUAAGUGUUAUAUCAGAUAUUGAUGACACAAUUAAAGUUUCUAAUGUACUUAGUAAAACAUUACUAUUAAAGCAUACUUUUUAUAGUUAUUUUAAACCAAUUGAAGGUAUGAAUAAUCUUUAUCAAAAAUGGCAUGAACAAAAAUGUCAGUUUCAUUAUGUUAGUGCCAGCCCAUGGCAAUUAUAUCCUGCUCUUCGUUGUUUUAUGGCAAAAUAUAACUUUCCAAUGGGAACAAUGAAUCUAAGAAAAUUUACAUGGGGUUUGAAAUUUUUUAAGCCAGCUGAUACAUAUAAAAUUGAAACAAUUUCAGAAAUGAUUGAUGCAUAUCCUCUAAGAAAAUAUAUAUGUGUUGGUGAUUCAGGUGAACUUGAUCCUGAAAUUUAUUCCAAAUUAUACACAAAAUAUCCUCAAUCAAUUGUUCAUAUAUUUAUUCGUGAUAUUUGUCGAACGCCUAUAUGUUUAUCAACAUGUGAAGAAAGAUAUAAAAAAGCAUUUGAAAACAUACCAAAAGAACGUUGGACAAUAUUUAAACAUUCAAGUGAAAUCGAAACAGAUAUAAAUAAACUACUAUCUGUUUAG